AUGAAUAAAGUCAAGAGACAAAAUGAACCGAAUCAAUUUUUAGUUUUAUUACUAUAUGUUCAUUUCAUCAUCUCACACUUCCUUUGCACGCCACUGGUUCCUAGUGUGAUAUUUCAUUUCUUCUUCACCAUUCCUCUUCUUUCUACUGCGCUUCUUCAGCUUAAUCAAGCAAUGUCGACUCAAAAGGGAAGCAUGGAUAGUGGAUCUGCUAGGAAACGUAUGAGACCUGAGGUACAGGAAAAGAUUGGAGAUGAAGCAGAAUCACAGAUUGUACUUGUACAGGAUGAAGGAUUUGAGACUAACCAGCUCGUUGGAUCCGAAGAUAUGGAACUUAAUAUUUCUCUCGUUCUCGAGAAGAUUGAGAACUUUACUCAGAGGGUAUCUGAGCUCUUAGAAUCAGGGAAAACAAUGUUUAAGGAUCUCUGUAAUGAAUUUGAAGAGAAACUGAUCAUGAUUCACAAGGAGCAAGUCGAGAAAUGGCAGGAAGAAAUCAAAGAAUUGCGUGCACUUGAUGCGUCAAAUGAGGAAGCCAACACUCUUCUGCAAAAUGCUCGAUAUGUACUUCAGCUCAGCCGUAAUGAUUAA